CCGGGCCGCUGCCCGCGCCUAUAUAAGGCUGGCGUGAGGGGGUUCGGGCCGCGCCAGCCCGGGACGCCUGGCUCUGCUCGCUCCGCUCCGCUCGCCAAUCGCCUCCAGAGCUCCAGGCAUGGCCCCAAGUACCGUGGCGGUGGAGAUGCUCAGUCCCAAGGAGAAAAACCGACUGCGGAAGCCGGUGGUGGAGAAGAUGCGUCGGGACCGCAUCAACAGCAGCAUUGAGCAGCUGAAACUGCUGCUGGAGCAGGAGUUCGCGCGGCACCAGCCCAACUCCAAACUGGAGAAGGCCGACAUCCUGGAGAUGGCCGUCAGCUACCUGAAGCACAGCAAAGGUGAGCUAGGCGCCUGCGCCCGUGUCCUGCUCCCCACCGGUGUGGCUCCCACCGCGCGCGCCCCACUCAUGCCGCUCGGUCUCCCCACAGCCUUCGCCGCGGCCGCCGGCCCCAAGAGCCUGCACCAGGACUACAGCGAGGGUUACUCGUGGUGCCUGCAGGAGGCGGUGCAGUUCCUGACCCUGCAUGCAGCCAGCGACACGCAGAUGAAGCUGCUUUACCACUUCCAGCGGCCCCCAGCUCCCGCCGCGCCUGUCAAGGAGACCCCGACGCCCGGCGCUGCGCCCCAGCCGGCGCGCUCCUCCACUAAGGCCGCCGCCUCCGUCUCCACCUCGCGCCAAUCUGCCUGCGGCCUCUGGCGGCCCUGGUGACCCAGCGGCCGACGGGUGCCUGGAGCUGACCAGAGGACCAGCUCGUUCCUCUGUUCCUCUCGAUGUGGGAAGACAUUCCCCAGCCGCGUUUCAGCCCCAGGUUGGCCGCAACCUUCUUCCGAAGGCUCCCUCCCCAGGCUGGCUGGCCAGCAAGGGGGGUCAUUCUUAGAGAAUGUGCGUGCAGAGUUGUCAUUUGGGGAUAAUCAGGGUCCACCCUCUGCCGCCUGUCCGACCCCAUGGGGUUGUUUUGUGUUUGCAUUUCAGCAAGUGACUUCUGCGAAGUUCCCGGUCGGUUUCCACCGGGUGUUCUAUGAUAUUUGUAGAGUUGGGGGUUGGUUGGCUCACCCCAGCCCAUAGAGUAGAGGACUUUCUUCAGGGCCCGUGACUGCUGGGCAAGCGCCCUGCGGGCGGGCUGUGCCCUGGGCACAUUUGCCUUUUGUGAAGGCGGAACUGCAGGUGUUUCCUCAGAGGAAAGCACUCAGCCUGCGUGGGUGUAGGACCCCUGGGACCUCACCUUAAGGUCCACAUGGCCUUGGCUGUCUGGUGCGCGCUCACAGUGGGCUGUCUGGGAGGGUGGGGUCUCCACGACGAUCCUCAAAGGAUUCCUUUGUAUGGGAGGGUGCGUGUGGGCACAAUUUUGUACUUAGAAUUUGAACUCUUGGUUAUGUGGGAGAACACAAGCUGUUCUGAAGGCUUCUAAUAAAAUAUCAAGCCCUAUGCCAUGUCUGUGCCUCUCUGUGCAUGUCUGUCCUUGGCAGCCACAGGGGUGGCCUGCCUCCCUCGUAAAUGGAGGUGGAACAGUGGGAUCUACCAUGUUUCCAAACCGGGAUCAGGACGGGUGCUUGCUGGUGGUCCUCUGACAGAGAAAAAGAGAGGGCAGGAGGAGCAUAUAGAGCUGUUGAUGCUCUCACUGUGAACAAGACCUGGGUAGCUGCUGCGGUUCCCACUAGCUCCCAGGAGGGGGUCGGGGACGGGAUCCUAACAACUGCAGACCCUCUGCUCUGUGCACUGAGAGGAAGCUGAAGGCCUAGGUGGAUCUCUUGCUGCAGCAAGAGGCUCGGCUGUGCCAAACCUGAGAGAGUAUCUGGUCCAGCUCCCGCUUCCCUUAGUAUACCUGCUUAGCUAUUUCAUAAACACCCUCCCUCCCACAAGGUGACUAGGGCCAGGGCCGACCCAUUCCAUUCAGCCAUGAACCUGGUAGGUAUGGUCCAUUGUCUGAGACAGGCUGUCUGUCUGCUUUAAGGUAGGCUAUAGCAGGUCGGUCAAGUUCACAGCUUCCAGGUGUCCCAAAGGCAAAACCCACGGAGCAAAGAGUGGGGAGGAUCUGGGUGUGUCUACAUGUCUUCUGAGUGACAAAGCCACAGAUGUGGCCCCUGCCCUGACUCUAACCUUUCCCACCCCACCCCCUUAUUCCUUUCUAUCUACUCUGCCAGUGACCACCUGAGGACCCUGCUGAGGCCCACACAUAGCAAGCAAGGACAGACAGCCUCAUCCGCAUUCAUUUAGCUUACCACAGGAGCAGCAGAGCAUCUAUGAACAGGGAAGGAGGCCACUGUCCUUGUGGAGUGUCCUUCUAAACACAGGCCUGAAGCUGCUGGGUCGCCUCACUCUCAGGAGCCCUGCCACCCUGGAGCAGGCUCUCCCAUCCAGAAUAUGUCCACUCUGUUGGUAUGCACAUACAAAGCUUCCUCCUCCCUGAAUCAAUCUAGAUAUAUGGUGACUGAGCCUGUACAUCGCCUCAAACCUGUGCUCCAGGAACCGGGCAAGUCAGUCAGUGUCAGCCUGCAGACAGAACCUGAGAGCAAGAUAUUAAGUUACGAGAAGGGCCUCUUGGAGGACACAGUGCUCUCUCUCAAGGGACCUAAGUCAACAGGCACUGCAGAUCACCUCCACUUUGAAACCCUGCCCCCUCUUCCAGGCACCCCCCACACACACACACUUUCUGCAGAUUGUCAUUGAAGUGCCGAUCUUCCCAGUUUCAGACACAUGUCUCUAUCCCAUAUCCCUUCCCUAUAGCUGGGCACUCCUCGAGAGUAGAGUCCUUAAAACUACUCCAGUUUACAUGGGAGUUUUAGCACUGAAGGUCACGCGUCCUUGGGAAACCAGGAUGAUGGGGUGACCCUAGCAGAAACCACAGCAGCUUGCAGGGUCAACCUCACAGCAGGAGAUCUGAAAGCAGGAUCGCCAAGCUCAACCCAACUUAGCAUCUAGCCAGCUCAGUGAAAUAAUAUUCCAGAAGCUUGAUAUUGGUAGUUUGGAGAAUAACGGCCCUCUCUUCCGCAGUUCUGGUCCCUAGGACAUUUGUAUAGGAUGGUCCGGUGGCCCGGCCUCUCGCACAGGCGGAGGGGGCGGAGAUCAUUAGCAUAAUUUAUGCACGCGGUCGUUUAGCAGUCAAUUAUAUGCGCAUAUAUUUCCAUGGCUGAUGAGGCUGGCCGGGCACUUUCAAAAUGGCGGAGCGUGGAGCGAGUGGCGGCGGGAGCGGCGGGGACAGUCUGGACAAGAGCAUCACGCUGCCCCCCGACGAGAUCUUCCGAAACCUGGAGAACGCCAAGCGCUUCGCCAUUGAUAUAGGUAGACACGGACCCGGUACUCGAGAGGGUGGCCAGAGCAGUGGGCACGGGAGGCCAGCGGGGGCGGCGGGAAGGACGAAGGGCGGGGGUGCGGGCCAUGCGCACAGCCUCAC